AUGUUUGCGGGACAGAUAAAGAGCUUGCAAUUACUAGCUUUGUACUGUAUCGUCGUACAAAGCUACGUCAUACAUGAAGAUGGAUUGACACCGACUAAGUUAGAAACAGAAUCAAACGAAACUACGACGAGCGCUGAUACUGGUAAUAUUAACAAAUCAAGCGAUGUGUUGGAGAAAGAACUGCUUUUGAAACUCCCCGAAGGGGCAAAGCAAGAAGACUCACUUAAGAAGAUCACUCUAGAUGAUAAUGAUAGCUCCAAAGAAACAUUUAAUAAGGCCUUAGAACUACCGCUCCUCGGACAAGACGGUCAUGUGACAGAGGAGAUGGAAAACAAAUGGAGGCCGAAGGAAAAAUUGGGAACCAAACGUGAAGAAUUCCGUUUUGUCUUUUCUUUAUUAGGCUAUCCAGUGAUAGUAUAUCAUACACAAUCCAAUGGGCAAACUGGCAAUAACAAGUCUCAACUGGAAGUUUAAUCUUGAUUA